AUGUUUUUAAUCAGCAAAUGUUUAGACUCAGUUGAAAGCCAUUAACAAAAAUAAUGUUUUGAUGAUGCUGAAACUCUGAUUAUUCGUAACUCUUACAGUUGUCGACACUGGGACUUCCCAAGCGGUCCCCCACCUUAGUACUAACCCAGCCUUAAGGCGCUUAACUUCGGAGUUCGAAUGGGAUCCGGUGUUUUCACCUUAGUAUGGCCGACAACAAAAUUAAUUAAGUUGAUUGUUGUCGACACUGGGACUUCCCAAGCGGUCCCCCACCUUAGUACUAACCCAGCCUUAAGGCGCUUAACUUCGGAGUUCGAAUGGGAUCCGGUGUUUUCACCUUAGUAUGGCCGACAACAAAAUUAUUACGUUGAUUGUUGUCGACACUGGGACUUCCCAAGCGGUCCCCCACCUUAGUACUAACCCAGCCUUAAGGCGCUUAACUUCGGAGUUCGAAUGGGAUCCGGUGUUUUCACCUUAGUAUGGCCGACAACAAAAGAUAUAUUUAUUUAUUAAUAUUUAAAUGCUAAUGUUUUUUAUUUAUUUUAUAAAUUUUAAUUCUUAAUAUGA